UUUCAGAUAACAACAAAUUAACAACGUUACGCAAAUAAUACUUCGUUUGGAAAUAAUUAAAUUUUAAAUGAAAUGAACGAAAACCAGACGAUUUCCGAAAAAGAGCUUUUGGACGCAAUAAAAAACCUUUUGAGAAAGAACGGUCAGCUGAAUAAAUUUCAAGCAGAGAUGCGAGCAAAAGUUACAGAAAUUCUCCAACAGAGACAAAUGUCAUUAAGCCCUGGAUUCAAAAGUUUGGGUGCACCGAAGGCGAGCGACGAAGUUUUGCUAGUCAAUGAGCUUGUUAAGGAAUACUUGGAGUGGAAUGGGUACCUCUACACCGCCUCCGUGAUGACUUCAGAGGCAGCUAUGCCGAGUGUAAAGAGGACAAGGAUGGAACUAUGUGCAGACGUCGGUGUUAAGGAUGAUGAAAAGUCAUCAACAUUACCUUUGCUAUCCAAUAUAGUUGCUGCGUACACGGAACGAAUUAAACGUAAAAUUAAUAGAAUCAGAAAGGACAACCACUGAAUGAACACCAACGUGCAAUAAAUUAUGUAAUCGUCGAAUAUGAAAUUGAAAAUUUUACUCUAGAAUUUUUUCUAUCGCCUGACACUUGUUUUAUAUUAAAUUUUUAAAAUUAAUAUUCUUGGAAUACUUUAGGUUCAUAUUAUAAAACGUGUUACCCAACCUUCUUUGUUCUCUGAUGAAGUAAUUAACUUUUUUCACAUUUUUUAACUAAAAUUUAUGUGUCUAUUGUUUUUAAAAUCAUACAUAACAUAAUAGUAUUAUUUCAAGAUCUCGUGCUACGAGAACAUCUUAGACUUUAUUUUUCUUGAUUUGUAUCAACAAAACGUUUUAUUUAUUCAAGAAUAUCAAAGUCAAGAAACUUGGAUGUUACUUCGAAGAAUAACAAGGCGCAGACUUUAAAAAAAUAUUAUUUUUAUCCAUAAAACGAUCUAAGACCGUACUAUAGAUAACUUUGAAAAAGUUAAUUUUACAUCGAAAUUUAGAUUUACAUAUUCCAUCG